AAUUGCACCGAACUCGGCGCGCUAAACGUAGGGUCCUCCGCCUCUCUCCCGAACUCUUUCUCUCAGUGUACGGACAAUGUCGAGUUUUUCUGAUCAGAUAGAGGAAAUCAAAUCCCUAAUUCAUUCAAACUCCAAAGCAAGCAAAUCACUCGCUUACUCUACUCUCCUCCUCCUCCAACAACAAUCAAUCAACCAUCCUUCUUCAAUACAAACCCUAGCUAAUAGUUCUCAGACUCUCAUCUCUAUCAUUUCGGUUGAUAUCUCAAAUGAUGAUGAAGAAAUUGCUUCACAGGCUUUGAAGUGUUUGGGAUUCUUCAUCUACCAUCCUUCUAUUGUUGCUACAAUCCCAGAUGAUGAUGCUAACAUGAUCCUGGAGGCACUGGCUAAAGUCAUUAUAGCCACAAAAAUAAAGUCAGUUUGUAAUUUAGGCAUGUGGUGCAUAUCCAUGCAACAAUUCAAUGCCUUUUUUCUAGCUAAUCACUUCCAUUCUGUGCUGUGGGCAGUGGUUCAUGCCCUUGACAAUCCAUUUGGAUCCUUGUCUACAACAUUUGAGGCUAUACAGGUCGUAAUAAAGUUGGCAGCUCAAUUUAGUGAGAAGAUGAGAGAAUCUUCGCACAUAUGGGCUCCUCCAAUAUAUAGAAGACUUCUCAGCAUGGAUAAGAGAGAAAGGGAUAUAUCGGAAAGGUGUCUAUUGAAGAUCAAAUCUGCAAUAAUUCCUCCUCCCACGGAUCUCUCUAAGGCACUUGUCAAAGAUAUGAAAUUGAAAUUGCUCACUGGGAUGAAGGGUCUUCUGAACCAGGGUAUGAAAGUUCAAACAUUGCAAGCAUGGGGAUGGUUUAUCCGCUUGCUGGGAUCUCAGGCUCUAAAGAACAGGCGUUUAAUUAAUGAUAUGCUCAAAAUUCCUGAGCAGACAUUUUCUGAUCACAGCCCACAAGUACAGAUCACUUCACUGGCUGCAUGGGAAGGUCUUGUUGUUGCUCUUAUUCAGCCUCCAUUGCUAACUUGUGAAACUGAUGAAGUUGCUGAUGAUGGUUGUCAAGUCCAAGCAAGUACAUUUUCAAAAAGCAUAAAGCUCUUAAUGACUCCUCUAACUGGCAUCAUCUCUAGCAAAUGUGAUAUUUCAGUUCACUUAUCCUGCUUGAACACAUGGUGUUAUCUGCUACAUAAACUUGAUCUCUCUAUCAACCACCCAUUGGUAAUUGAACUGGUGCUGGAUCCUGUUUUUGAAGCAGUUUUUGGAAUGGGGCCUGAUACAAAAACUAUCUGGUUGUGGAGUUUUUGUUUAGAUCUGCUUGAUGAUUUUGUGAUAGCAAAAUGUAGAAAAGUGGACUAUGAUACCAGUAGCCAGGUAAGCCAUCACUCAUCAGUCAGAACGUCUAUACUAGGACCUUCAAUAUCUGGCAAAUGCUUAGUGAAACAACAUUCUAUUAAAUGGUAUCCAUGGGACAUUAGUCAGUUGGACUUCUUUAUAAAGAUGAUUAAUGUUAUUCUCACCCAUGCAUCAGUUGCAAAGGCCACCCUCCAAAAUAGAAGUUCAGCAAGUGAUGCUGCCUUAAGGAUAUUUAUAUCUCUUUUACAAGGGAUCCAAAUGGAGUUAAAGAGUUCAUCUAUAAAUUAUGUGGAUAUUGUUUUGUAUUUUAACACAAUAUUGAGGUUCUUAAGGGAGACAUGUGAAAAAGUAGAUUCAGAUGGCAGCGCCAAUGUUAAACUGCAGCAUAAUAUCCAGUUUCUACAGGCUGUCAUAGACGAGUUAGAACCUUCUAUAUUGGGAUCCCCUCUUUAUAAGGUAGCUCUAGACAUCAAAUGCAUUGAGAAUUUGCAAUCAGUUAAUCAUAAUAAAUAUGAAAAAAUUUUGUGUAUUAGCUCUAUUGCCUAUAUGGAUAUGGUUUCACCAUUGGCUUAUCUUAUUAUCCUCUGCAUCUGCGUGGUGAUCAAGUCAACUUCUGAUGCACUCAGUACAGAGUUAAUUUCACAGAGGCUGCACAAAUUUUUCAAAUUGAUAUUGUUUUCACAUGAUCCCCUGGAAAAUCUUCAAACUGCAAUUGGUUUAUUGUUCAAGUAUGUGCACUAUAAUAGGAACUUACACAUAUGGAUUGUGGUAGCUGAAGCUCUAAAAGAUUGCAUCAGUGGUGUAGAGGAUCUUUCUAUGUUCAAAAUUGAGCCAGAAAGCAAUGGUUAUCUUGGCAUAUUCCAUCUUUUGUCCUACCCAUUUGUUGCAUUGUCUUCCCCCCAGCAAAUGCUGAUCCCUGAGAAAGUUAGUAGAUCCUUGGAAGAGUCUCAUGUUUCAGCACAAAGAAGCCUUGAGCUUGAUCAUGUUAUUGAAGUAUGGAAGUCAGUUUAUGGUGCCCUUUCUGCCUCAAAGUGUUUUGCAACAAAAAGCAUCUCUGACAAUCUGUGCUCAAUUUUAAAUUGGUGCAUUGAUGAAAAUCUAAGCAAGAUUGGCUGUGGAACUGAACUAGAUUUAAGUUGUAAGGAUCUUAAUAUUAAUCUCCUUUCUUUAUCUGGAAAUGCUGUCGCGUUUAUACUGGAUGAGGUUUUGGCAACAAGUUCAGAUGGAAACAAAACUAAUCAUGCUAUACCUCAAACAUUCAGUGACAUCAGAAAUAUCUUGGGAUUUGCUUCCAGAUUCUUGAAUUUGUCAUGGGCAAAAAUAAGAUCAGAUUCACCCACUGUUCUUCUUGUAACUUCAAGGGUAUUUUCUGCAUUGACAAGUCUUGUGAGAUGCCUUCACUUGAAGCAAACUAUUCUUUCUGUUAUUGAGAUAAUAACUUGUCCACUAGUUCAGUGGUUGUCACAUGGAGGAAUACAUGAUGGCAAUACCAAUGAUCAACUUCAACGUCUGUGGGCUGAAAUCCUUGAUUGUUUAAAGAGGAGUCAGCCACCAAUAGUAUUUGAUUCAUUGUUCCUCAAACUUCAGGCACCCCUCCUAGAAAAAACUCUCGAUCAUCCAGAUUGCAUUAUUUCGGAGCUUACCAUCACCUUCUGGAAUUCAACAUAUGGUGAGCAGAUUAACUUAGAUUACCCUGAGAGAUUACUUGAUGUCUUAGACAAGCUGUCCAGAACUGAAAAAAUAAAGCUCCACAAGAAAAGCCUGCCAUUUCUUGUAAAAUGUAAUUCUAAACCAGAGUUCACUGCUCAAAGAUACAAGGUGACUGCAAUGCAUAGCAGGAGCUCAAAACGAGUAGAACUCAUGGAGGAUACAGUGAAUCAAUUUGAGCACAAAGAUAAGUUGUGUUCGAGUUCAAAAAGAAAAAGAUUGGAACUAACUGAGCACCAGAAGGAGGUAAGACGUGCACAACAAGGAAGGGAGAUGGAUUGUAAUGGACAUGGUCCAGGGGUAAGAACAUAUACUACUGUUGAUUUUUCUCAAGGAAAUGAAGAUUCUCAAGAGAGCCAGGAGAUUCGGAACCCAGAAUCUAUCCUGGAGAUGUUGAGAAGAGUUGCAUAACUACUUUCUAUUUAUAUGUUCUGGGUGGCACAGUAUUCAGUAAGGUAUACCCCUGCAAAGUUGUUUGAUAAUUUUUGCUUGCGUCUUCUGAUGCAUCUCAUUUAGUUGUAUGGCAAUGUCCUGUAUUUUGAUCGUCUGUACAGAUCAUACACGAUGUAUCUUAGUUUGGUUUAAUAAGAAAUCGAUAUUUAAUUGC